AUGAACGAUCUGCUAUUGAAUUUAGUACUACUUAUAUUGAUCACAUUGGAUCCGAGCAAUGGAAAAGUUUUCAGAGUCAGCAAAAUGGAGUGCCGAUCUUUGGAUCCUUCGUUUACAUAUUUUAAAACUUGUAAUGUGAUUCGCAAGGAAAAUGGACGAUCCUCUCUAUAUGUCAAUGAGGUCAUUCUGUAUAAAAAUCCCAUUGAUGAUAUCACUCUAAACCUGGGCGUUUUCAAAAUAGCCAAAAAUCGUCGCUUGCAGUUUCUAAAUGAGACAUUGGACUACUGUGUGUUUAGUAGACAGCUUUUGGCCAGUGGAUUUUUUGGAUUUCUGAUGACGCCGUUGCUGAGAAUUUCCAAUGUAAACGGCACCUGUCCCCUGAAGCAAAACAUAAUAGUCAACGGUUUUUCUGUCGAUGAAGACACAAUUAAAGAAAUCCCAAUCCCGAACGGUGUUUAUAUGUUUCAAUUGCGAACAUCCAUGAUGAAAAAAUGGAGAACAGAUGUGAGAGUCUAUGCCACUCGAGUUGACAAGUAUUCUGAGUAA